AUGGCAGAAGAAAAUCGUUCUACAGUGACUGAGUUCAUCCUGGCUGGGUUAACAGACAGACCAGAGCACCAGCUGCCCCUCUUCCUCCUCUUCCUAGAGGUCUAUGUGUUCACAGUGGUGGGGAACCUGGGCAUGAUCACACUGAUUGGGCUCAGCUCUCGUCUGCACACAACUAUGUACUACCUGCUCAGCAGUCUCUCCUUCAUUGACCUCUGUCAACCUACUGUGAUUACCCCCAAAAUGCUGGUGAACUUCAUGAUGGAGAAAAACACCAUCUCCUACCCUGAAUGCAUGACUCAACUCUACUUUUUCAUUGUUUUUACAAUUGCAAAGUGUCACAUGUUGUCUGUAAUGGCAUAUGACCCCUAUGUUGCUAUUUGUAACCCCUUGCUUUACAAUGUUAUCAUGUCUAAUCAAGUCUGUUCCUGGAUGGUAGUUGGAGUGUACAGCAUGGGCUUAAUUCGUGCCACAGUUAACACAAUCUGCAUGCUAAGAGUGCUUUUCUGUAAGGAUGAUAUAAUAAACCAUUAUUUCUGUGAUCUCUUUCCUCUACUAGAGCUCUCUUGCUCCAGUACAUUUAUAAAUGAGGUAAUAGGUCUAACUUUUGGUACUCUGCCCCUCUGCGUGCCGCUGGCCUGUUCCAUCCGUGGUCACAGUUCCCCAUCCUACAUCUUCAUCAUAGCCAGCAUCCUGCACAUUUGCUCCACUGAGGGCACGUACAAAGCCUUCAGCACCUGCAGCUCCCACGUCUUAGCUGUUGCUCUCUUCUUUGGUUCUCUAGCAUUCAUGUACCUGCAGCCAUUAUCAGUUGGCUCCAUGGACCAAGGAAAAGUGUCCUCUGUCUUUUACACUAUUAUUGUGCCCAUGCUGAACCCUCUGAUCUACUGCCUAAGGAAUAAAGAUGUCAAAGUGGCCCUAAGUAAACUUCUUGGAAAUAAAAGUUUGUGA